GUGUGAGAGUGUGUGUGUGUGUGUGUGUGUUAGCACUCCUCAGCUCUUAUACUUCUUUUUGACUCUUCGACUAAUAAACCAUAGUGUAGUACUCUUAAAGAUCUUUAAAGUGUAAAUCCAAUUUGUCAAUAUCCGCCUAAUACCGCUUCUGUGUGUCUUGGUGCCCGUCUUUUCUUCUUCUCCCCUUUACUGGAUACUAGGUCUCCCUCAUGUUUAUUUUAUGACAUUUUUAUCCACAACUAUUACUGAGAACACUAGAGAAGCUUUUGUUAACGUUAAACGUACAUAAACAGGCAGAGCCGGUUUUUAUCACUGAAUGAGGGAACCGGAUCAACCGGUGUGACCUUUACUUAUUCAUGUCUUGCUUAAUGUCUAAACGUGUUAUGAGGUGAAGUUAAAAACUGUAUGCGUUUGUCAGUGUGUUUACAACUUGAGUUGAAAUGGACUUCGCGAUUCGUGCCGCCACACUUGAGGACUGUAAGGACAUCAUGCGCAUGAUGUCGGAACUGACAGAGUAUGAGAAAAUUACAGAUCAGGUCACAAUUACACAAAAAGACCUAGAGCAGGAUGGGUUCUCUCAAAACCCAUUUUUCCAUGCAAUAAUCGCUGAGGUUCCAGAACAGCACAAGACCAAAGAUGGUCAUACAAAAAUAGGGUAUUCUGUGUACUCCUUCACUUAUAGCACAUGGAAUGGCCGAGCUGUAUACAUGGUGGACUUGUAUGUGAUGCCAGAGUUCAGAGGAAAGGGUAUUGGCAAGGCAUUGAUGAGCAAAGUUGCACAGCUAGGAAGGGCCGCUGGCUGCACUCACCUCAGUUUUACUGUGGUGAACUGGAACAAGACAGCGCUGGACUUUUACCAGAAGCAGGGCUCCAUGGAUUUGACCUCUGACCUGGGUUACCAUUGCAUGAGCUGCAGUGGGGAUGCCUUUCAAAGGAUGGCUAAUAGAGAUUGCUAAAUUUCAGUGCCAGUGGGGCUUGGAUUUGGUUGCAUUAGUCAUGGUGGCAAAGCGGUAAUGGAGGAGAUGUGACAGGCAGUAAUGUCAUUGCAGGUCAACAUCUACCUGUGCAAUCAAUGUUGUGUGUGUAGACACUUCCUGUUUUAAUUCUGAAAUAUCUGUUGUUCAGGGGAUGCUAAAACAGUUUUAUAUUAACCAUAGGAUAUUGUUACAUGCUAAAAUGCUGACUCAAAUUGUGUUAUUUGUUUAUAGUAAAUUAUCACAUGUAAUAAAUAAAUAAAUCAUUAUUUGACAUCCA